GCGGCUGGGCCACGCGCCGCCUGAGCGAGGGGACGCCAUGGCGGGCCUCUGCAGUGUGGCCCCCGAAAUGGUCUCCCCGGCCGCCAACGAGACCCUGGAGCUGGCGCUGGGCAGCCGGGCGGCGCUCAACUGCACGGCGCGCUGGGCGGCCGGCGGGCGCUGCGAGCUCCCGGUGGCCUGGGCCAAGGACGGCCGCUGGCUGGACGGCGGCAGCAGCCGCGACACCGCCUGGACGGGCCUCAACGCCUCCGAGCGCCUCCUCGCCAGCRUCCUGCAGGUCAACCUGAGCCGGGAGGGCGACUUCGGCGUCUUUGCCUGCUGGCUUGGCAACGCCACGGCCACCUUCACGCUGCGCCGAGCAGAAGCCGCGGGGCACGUGAGCGCGGUGCUGGCGGCCCUGGCCGUGCUGGGGCUCCUGGCGCUCUUGGCCGCGCUCUACGUCAAGUGUCGCCUCAACGCGCUGCUCUGGUACCGGGAGCGCUACGGGGAGCUGGAGAUCAACGACGGGAAGCUCUACGAUGCCUACGUGUCCCACACCAACACCCCCGACGACAAGAAGUUCGUGCACUUCAUCAUGAAGCCGCAGCUGGAGAACCGGCACGGCUACAAGCUCUUCCUGGACGAUAAAGCCAUCCUGCCCAACUCGGAGCCUUCGGCCGACCUCAUCAUGAACGUGAGCCGGUGCCGGCGCCUCAUCGUGGUGCUCUCCGUGGCCUACCUGGAGCGAGAGUGGUGCAACGGCAGCUUCAGGGAAGGGCUCUGGAGGCUGCUGGAACUCUCCAAGAGACCCAUCUUCAUCGUCUUUGAGAGCCAGUGCCGGGACGCGGUGCAGCCAGCCGUCAGCCUCCUGAAGCAGCACCGGGGCGCCGUGGUGCUGCUCGUGUGGCGAGCCAGCUCCAUGACCCYGUCAUCGGACUUCUGGAAGGAGCUGUGCCUGGCGCUGCCCCGCAAGGUGGCUUUCCGGGCCACCAUGGGGGACCCGCAGACCCGGCUGCAGGAGGACAAGGACCCCAUGCUGGUCCUGCACAGCAACGACCCGGAGAGCCGUGGUGACCCGCACCCCGAUGGAGACCUGGGCCUGCGAGGGUCCCUGUUCCGAGGGCUGCCGCCGCCUCGCGUGAGCAGCCUGCUGGCAGCGCCGGAGCGGGCGCAGCUGCGGGAUGCCCGGCGCCAGGACGUGGACGUCUCGGACCUGGGCUCGCGCAGCUACGCUGCCCGCACGGACUUCUACUGCCUGGUGACCGAGGACGACGUCUGAGGCAGGGCUGCCCGCAGCCCUGGCCUCGUGCUGGAACCAAAACUGGGACACGGCCUGGGAGAGAGCCGGGGCCAGCGUCUCCUUCCCCAUUCGCCUCUCCCAUGGGACUGGCUUGCGGGAGGGGACAGCCCUGUCCUCACCACAGUGCCCGUGCUGUGGCCUCCGCCAAUGCUGGGCU